CGCAGGUUUCCUAUGGGCGACCAUCCUCAUCUAACUGCAAUAGCGCUGGUGUUAUGGCUCGUUUGCAAGGCGGACACAUCGCAUGGAACCAGGGCGGCUUGGGCUGCACUAGAUGCCGGGACUCAGAAGCUCCUCAUACGAGACGGAAAACCACAGAAAGCGGACUUUUCCUCCGAAUCCAAAUACGUUCCCGUCGCGUGGGGGACCUUUAGGAAUGACAUCAACGAAACAGGGUGGUCGUACCUCCAGAUUGAAUCCAACGAACGGGUUCCAGACGAGCUCCAAGCUUACGCUGCCGGUGCUGUCGAGGCGCACCUUACGCGGCGGCUGAUGGAGUACCACUGGAUAAAUAUGUUCGGACGGUACUGCGAAGACCAGGCAACGUACUGUGACAAGCUCGCGCAGUUCUUCACAGAAAACUUGAAGUAUUCUCAAGAGCAACAGCACCUUCUAAGGAAGAAUGACUCCUUCUGGAACAUGGUGCAUCUUCAAAUGAAGCAGCUGGCAGGCCUCAGCGAUGCCUUCGAAAACAAGCAGCUUGAUUUUUGCAGUGAAAUUUCCAGUGCUUCAAGAAUGGUGUAA